UUCUGCCCCCUUCCUUCCUUCCUUCCUUGCCAAAUCCCCAAUCCAACAAAAGAGUUCGCACCGCCGGCGGAGAGAGCCAUGAGGAGCGGCGGCGACGUCAAAUCCUUCUUCCGGCAGCAGAAGGCCCACUCCGGCGCGGCGGCGGCCACCAAACCCGCCGGCGGCGUCUCCAAGAAGCAGGCGGCGCACCACCACCAGAAGCAGGCGUCGGCGGCGCAUCUCCUCCACCCGGCACGAGCUGCGGUGGAUCACCGCGGCGGCGCUGACGGGACGAGCGAGGAGAAGGAGGAGGACGCGGAGAGGAAGGCCCGGGAGUUCGACACGGACGUGCGCUACGGGCCCUGCCUCGGCCUCACCCGCGCCGCCGCGCUCGGGCUCGCCUCGCCGCCGCACGCGCUCUGCUCCGACCACCAGCCGUGCCUCUGGGAGGGCCGCGUCUAGAGCGUCGCAUCGCCCUGCGGCCAAAGGCCCACUGAAUCGAAUCGUCGAUCCGCGCCACCUGCCGCUCCUCGUGGUUCUACCGACUGCUUUCUUCGUGUUGUCUUCAGUCUUCCUCUGUACGUCUUUCUGGGUCUGGAUCGAUGCUGCUGCUUGCGUGUGAUGGAUGCCUUGUGAUCCGGUGCCAUGCUGUAUUAUUUUCAGCUUAAUCUUUGCUGCAUCUGGUGUGCUGAGCCAAUCUACAUCCCAUUACGAUUCCAUUUUAAGAUAGCAUACAUCGCCUGCA